CGAGGACGUUCGGUGACUCACGGCCGGAAAAGCACAAAGAGCUGCACAGGGCUAUUUUUUCUUUAUUUAUAGUCUCUUUUUCUCGGUGGACGGAACCAUUCUGAUGCUGAAUCGUGAGAGAGGGGGGGGGGUAUAUAGCGCAGUAACCGACGAACAUGGAAUUUCCAGUAUUUCUUCAUGCCCCAAACCUCCCCGCGCAGCUCGGGCCUCUUGGAGUCUGCCCCGUCUGUUUAAACCGAAAGGACACCCAAACCGACUCGUCAAUGCAAAAAAUAAAAGGGUUGCUUGAAGCAGGGGCACGGGGAACGGAGGUGUAAAUAGAAGGCAAAUGCUCUCGAUCGCUCGCUCUCCCUUUUAUUUAUAGAACUAAUUCAUUAUUAAGUAAAAUAACAACACGGAGGAACACCUCCACGGGGAGAGGCAAACGCUCGUGCUUUUGAUAUACUUUCUAUAGAGAUAAUAACACAGCCUAUGUAUUCACAUAUGUGUAAAUAUUUUCAUUGCUAAAACUAUAGAAGGACCUUCUGCGCGUGCACGGCUAAGUCAUACAAUAACUGUCGCUACUUCUGAAGCUUCUACUACGGGCUGCUACACUGAUAUCGCGACUACUACGAAUCCUCCCGGGUGAGAAGAUGGCAACUUUAACGAACGGGCAGGUGGACAGCACGGGACACGGCGGCGCGGGCAGCACGAACGGGCUCGUGAACGGAUUAAGCCACAGUCACAGUCCCGCGAGCUGCGCCACCAUUCCCAUGAAGGACCACGAUGCCAUCAAAUUGUUCAUCGGGCAGAUCCCACGUAACCUGGACGAGAAGGACCUCCGACCCCUCUUCGAGGAAUUUGGCAAGAUCUACGAGCUCACGGUCCUGAAGGACCGCUUCACCGGCGUGCACAAAGGCUGUGCCUUUCUCACCUACUGUGCGAGGGAAUCGGCACUGAAAGCUCAGAGCGCACUCCACGAGCAGAAGACCUUGCCAGGGGAUUCCCUUUUGCCUGUGAUGAUGGCGGCCAGGCUGAAGAUCAGCACGUAA